AUGACCGGCGUUUGCGUUCGACCAGCGCUGCUUUGCAGUCCACGCUCACGAUGCCCCAGCCGCUUCAAGUCUUCGCAUAAGGCGCCUAUAUCCCCUCGGCAUUUCUCCGUUUCACAAUGUCUAUCGUCGAGCUUGAAGGAGAGCGAUUCGCCCGGAUUGGAUAUAACACAAGAUAGUUAUCAAACCGAGAACAGCAUCCGCCCUCCGCAGCCCCCCAGUGCCCCGUUUUUCCCAAUUCGCAGAAUUACCAGUAGGACUCCGACUCAGUCUACGCAGCCGUCGGUGUCACGGCGACUGACAGAUCGUUUCAAGCGACAUACAUCUAGAGAACCUCACCGUCUCUGGCGUAAUGCCUCGGCACCCGCACCCGCCCAGCCCUCAAACACUGGUCAAAAAGGAGAGAAUGGAAAUAAAUCAUUUAAAAUUUCCAAUGGAAUUGCCCGAGCCCAUGCGCAGCAAAACCCAAAGCAGCAUCCAGCAUUCCCUGGGGCGCAUAUCCUCAAGGAUCGUCGCCUGAUUGAAGAAGCUAUCCUAGAGGAAGCCCGCCAUUACAGUGGUUUCAGCCUCAAUAGCAGAACUUAUGAGAUUGAAUUCCAAGCAAGGUGGAACUCUCUCUAUGCUCACUCCGUUGUCCGUCCAGACUAUAAUCGUAAUUUCCAGACGUUGUUCAAAGCGAAGGCUCAUGGAACACCUAGUACUGAAAUCUGGAACCAACUCAGAGUGCAAGAAUGGACGAUUGUGGCAAGCUGGGCUAAACAUUUCACCAAUGUCACCGACGGCAAGCGCUUCUGGUCAGGGUUGAAGCUGUCGCAAAAGCGCGAAAGGUGGCCAGAUAUCGCCUUUUGGCUCCUAUUGAACUCACCCCAAGAUGCACUGACAUUUCUGGAAUCCACUGCCGACUCACCUUAUCCUCCUUUUCGGAUGGUAUCCGAAUGCAUGCUCUAUCUUGAUGCAUUCUAUUACGAGCAUUUGACAUGUACUCCGGAGAGCAAAAGCUAUUACCAUGGCUUGCUACGUUCCACGAUUGGGCCAGCUAGAUGGCCAGUUAUCAACGUUUCUCAGCGAGGAAUACGUACAUACCUCAAACGUUGCGAACUAAGUGAACUGCUGGAAGCAGUCGAAAAAAUGCUCCAAGGGGAGACCUACGUCACGGCCCCUACCUUGAUGUUUGUAAUGGAUCUACUCCAUAAAUUCAAUGAUGCCAGCAAUUCAUUUCGCGUGCUGCAACUGCUUCCUCAUCGCAUGAAUCAGUGGAUUUCGUUCGACUCGGAUGUUGUGGCCAAGCGUUGCUGCAAACUCCUCACGCUGGAUAGCACCUACGAUGAGAAAGGAACUCGCAAUUUUCAAAUUCUCCCCAAAAUACUGAACUUGGGAAUACGACCCAAUCGAGUGAUGUUGAAUAUUAUUAUUCAAAACGCGAUCAAAUUGGGCGACCCAGAAAUGGCGUGGGAUAUAUACGACUACUCCGGCUUUUCACCGGACUCCUACACCUACCUACUACUCCUUGACGAUGCUGUGGAGCGUGGUGAUACGGUGAGGAUACAAUACUGCCUUCGCACGAUAGCGGCGAAUUCUGAGUUAGCACAAGAACCUCAUGUUAUCAGCAAGGUUUUGCACGCUUUAUAUCGGCAAGUCACUCCCGAGACGGAAUCAAAACUGUUCAACGAGAUGAUCCAAGUUUACUGCCUAGGUCAUGAUCCGCAACCACUCCGGGAGCUGGGUAUAGUCCGGGAGGAAUUAAAUGUUAAAGGGUGGAAAUGGAAAUUCCCACCUUCACCACAUUCUUUAGUCUUGAUGGUUUCAGCAUACCUUCGUUUGCACAAGAGCAUGGAACAGACAAUUGAAGUGUAUCAGCAGUUUUACAGACUUGUCCGAGAAGGCCACGAUUCUGUUGGCAAAUUGGCGGAGACCGAUCAUAUCUACAACACUUUUCUGAUGGCACUCCAGCCAGAUAAGACCGGGAUCCGUCCAUCCUUGAUGAUCAUCCAGGAUAUGUACCGGCCCCUCCCAGAGACCGCAUUUCUUAAAGCCGAAAAUAGGCCCAUUCGGCAAAGGCUUCCAACCAUGGUAAGCUGGGGUAUUUUGUUAAAUACGGCCAUGAGCCAUGGGGACCUAGAAACCUUCGCCAUGAUCCGCCAAGCUAUGAUUGAGCAUGGAGUUAAGAUGAACACCUCGACGUGGAAUGCGGUGCUUCGAGGAUAUGCGAAGCUCAAGAUGGUGGACGAGUUUGCUGAGGCGAUGAACCAGAUGCUGUUGGAGGGGCUGACUCCUGAUGAAUAUACGUUCGCGGCUGUUAACAGGAUGCGCGAUCAGGCGAGGCUUCAGGAGACCCUUGAUAGAAUCGGUGUUGAUUUGCAGACUUUGACAUUGAUAAAUCAGCCUAGAUUGGAGGCAAUCCAGGGGAUGGAGGGUAGUCCAGAUCAACACAGGCAAAUCCUGCCCCAAGAGCUACAAAUAAGCGGGGAAGAGACUUGUGAUCUCUUAGAGGUAAACGAGAGAUGUCUCUGA